AAUAAAAUCAUUUUUUUGGGUUUUGUAAUAAUUUAAAAUGUAUGACCAGGAUGAAUGAACUUAAAUAAAUUGUGUUCAAAUUAAAGUUCGAUUAAAAUGUCUGUUAAUUGAUGAAGAAAUGCUUUAUCGAUAGUUGGACAUUAGAAUAGUACUCGUCCUGUCUCCAGCCGCUCGUAUCAAAUCAAAACUAAUUUUGUUUUUUUUUCUUUUGUUGUGGUAUGUUUGGAAACAAAUUCAAUCUGUAAUGGAUGUAUUCAACAGAAUCAAGACGACUGUAUCUAGCUUUAGUACUGUCUUACCAGGAAAUCCAGUUACCAGAGAAUAUGAAAUAACUGAACAUAUAGCCAGUGCUGGACCAGGGCUAUUGUGGAAAGUCUAUAGAGGAAUUAAAAAGAGUACAAAAGAAGAGGGUUCUGUAUUUAUUCUCGAGAAAAAGCUACUGGAUAAAUACUCAAGGCAAGAUAAAGAACUGAUUUUGGGUAUUUUGAAAAAAGGCAUAGCUCAUUUAACUCGUUUACGCCAUCCUAGUAUCUUAACUGUUCAACAUUCUUUAGAAGAAUCAAGGGAGAGUUUAGCAUUUGCUACUGAGGCAGUGUUUGCAAGUUUGGCAAAUAUACUUGGUUAUCAAGAAAAUAUGCCUGUUCCUCCUCCAAAGGCUCUCAAAGAUUUUGAGCUCUUUGACUUAGAAAUAAAAUAUGGAAUUCUACAGAUAACUGAAGGGUUAGCUUUCUUGCACAAUGAUGUGAAAAUGAUGCAUGGCAAUAUAAAUCCUGAGUCUGUCUUGAUUAAUCUUAAUGGAGCUUGGAAAAUUGCUGGAUUUGAUUUUUGUAUGCAGUUUGCUAAUUCUUCUGAAUUUCGGAGUGAUGGUGACAUUAACAUUGACCUUCCUCCUCCGUGUCAUCCUCACCUUGAUUAUGUUGCUCCUGAACGUAUAUUGGGAAGCUCUCACAGUUUUGCAGGUGACAUGUUUUCUUUGGGAGUCUUAUUUUAUGCUGUUCACAAUAACGGAAAGUCUCUGAUGAUGAAUUCAGGGAGCAGCAUGAGCACUAUGAAACACAAUUUUAAUCAACUGAAAGCGCUCUCCCCUUCUACGUUUACUAAUUUGCCUGCCGAAAGCAGAGAUCACGUGAAAAUGCUUCUCAAUUAUACGGCCGAGUUGAGACCGGAUGCUUUUCAAACAUCCAAACUCUCUAUGUUUGAAGAUGUGGGAGUGAAAACUCUUCAGUAUUUGGAUUCACUCUUCCAAUGGGAUAACUUACAAAAAUCUCAGUUUUAUAAAGGCUUGCCUCAGAUCAUUCAGAAAAUGCCAAAGAGAGUUAACCUUCAUCGUGUAAUACCAUGCCUUGUUAAAGAAUAUCCUACUCCAGAGAUGGUACCGUUUGUUCUGCCUAAUGUUCUUCUCAUCGCUGAAGACGUGUCUAAAGAGGAGUUUCAGACGUACAUUUUACAAGACUUGAUACCUCUCUUCAGACUUCAAGAACCUGUACAGAUUACGUUAAUUUUUAUGCAAAAGAUGGAAUUACUUUUAUCUAAAUGUUCCAAGCCUGUUAUUACGAACCAUGUACUGCCAAUGAUAUACAAAGCACUUGAAUCUGAUGCCCAGCAAAUACAGGAACUUUGUUUGAGUAUCAUUCCUAAAUUUGCCAACCUUAUUGAGUAUUCUGCCAUGAAAAAUGCAUUGUUACCUAGAAUUAAAAAACUUUGCAAUGGAACAAGUUACCUUUCAGUUCGUGUAAAUUGCUUAGUUUGUCUUGGAAAGUUAUUAGAGCACCUAGAUAAAUGGUUAGUCCUGGAUGAAAUUUUGCCCUUUUUAUCUCAGAUACCAUCCAAAGAACCAGCCGUUUUAAUGGGAAUGCUAGGGAUUUUAAAGAUUACUAUGUCUCAUAAGAAACUUGGAAUUACUAAGGAAAUCAUGGCCUCUAAAAUAAUACCUUUUCUGAUGCCUUUGUCCAUAGAGAAUGGGUUGACAUUAAAUCAGUUUAAUUCCAUCAUGGCCGUAAUUAAAGAAAUGGUAGCUUUCGUGGAAUCAGAACAUAAAACAAAGUUGGAGCAGCUGAAUUCAAUACGACAAGAACAUAGUUCAACACUAGAUAUGGUGCAAGCUAACCAGAAUCUUGACUUUUCAAUUGGUGGUAACAAACCAAAUAUUGAUGAUAUGUUUAAUAUUGGUUUGACCACAAAUGAUUCUUAUUCCAAGAAUGAUGUGAAAUCAGUGCAAAAAUCUUCGAAUGUUCUUAGCAAUCCAACUCAGAAUGAUAAGAUGUUUGAAAAGCCAUUUUCAAUGUCAUUUGAAGAGAAGAAGCAGAUGACUUGGAACCAAGAGCAACACAGAAAGUGGAAUAGUGGAGGAGAUCUGGUACCUUUCCGUGAUGCAACCACUUCCCUCAUAGACUCCAACUUAAAAUGCCUGACUACUUCAAAAGCAUUAGAUUCACUGUCGUCUCUACCUCUCAGCACGAGCUACAUUCCUAAUAAUUGGGCACCACCUCAGCAACCUAUGUCUCUUGUAACAUCUCCGUCCCAACAGCACCAAAGCUCAUCUAAUUCCUUGGACAACCUUCUGCCAAGCAUUGGUAGCAAAUCUAACCUCACCUUAUCUCAAAUGAGUCAAGGGAUAAGAGAGCUUCCUUCAUCCCCUGUUUUAUCUACUUUUAACAACUUUAUUAAACCUGUCAAUUCAGCCAAGAAUGAAUUGGAAGACCUUCUAGGUUGAUGGCCUACCUGAGUUCUUGCAGACUCAAACAUUCUUUUCAUUGCAAGAGUAUUUUUGAAAAUUCCAUGCAUUCUUUUUUCAUUGCAAAAGUGUUUGAAAAUUCUAUGCAUUCUCUUUUCAUUGCAAGAGUGUUUCAAAAUUCUAUACAUUCUCUUUUCAUCACAAGAGUAUUUGAAAAUUCUAUGCAUUCUCUUUUCAUUGCAAAAGUGUUUCAAAAUUCUAUGCAUCGAAUUGAAUGCACAUUGUAUAAAUUGGACUAUAAUCAUUGCUGCAGGGUGACCACAGAACAAGUCAGGAAAUUUUAUAGUUUUGGAAAAAUCAGAGAAUUUAAUGGAACUGCCUAAAAGGCUAAUAUUUUUCCAAAAAAAAAAUGUUCAUGUAAUCAUUUUUUUAAAGCAAAAUUUAUUUAUUUUUAAAUCUAACAGCAAGUAUUAGUGUUUUGUAAUUUAUAAUAGAUAUAUUAGAUAAUUAUAAUAUUUAUUAUACAGUUGUAACUAAAAAAUUAACGUAUAGCUAACAAUAUAAUAUAUUACUGGUUACAAAAAUUAGAGAAAGUGGCUAAAAUUAAUCUGGUUAAGCAGUGGACUUAUUAUUUAUGAAUUCUUGUGGUCACCAUUGUUUUAAAAAUAGUAUAAGUAGAUACAUUUGUUAUAUAUAUUUAAAAACAUCGAUUUGUUGGUGGAUUUUUGUACAAAUAAAACAUUCCAUGUUUACCUCUAUAAUGUUUCACCUAUGUUGAGCUUUUAUUUAAUUUUUUAAUGUAUGUUGUACCUUUAAAGUCCUAUUAUAAAAGUGAUUAUUAUAAUGUUAAAUCAUUGAAAAUAUUCCUUUCCAAAUAUAUUUUCUAGUCUUCAUUCAAUUUUUUUAUCAGUCUUUGUGGUCACCCUGUCCUUUUCAUUUUCUUUUGUCCUCUUGUAUAUAUAUAUAUAUAUAUAUAUAUUGUGCAAGCUAUAUAAAAUAAGUUAUCAAGUAGCAAUGGAACCAUUUGCUACUUGAAAGGGUUGCAUAAGAUUUAAAUUUUCAGGAAAAUCCAUAUUUUCUUUUAAAGUCUGUCACAUCUUAGAUGUGAAAAGAGUAUGGAAACUUCUACCAUUAAUUUCAACUAGCCUGAGGGAAAAAUAGACUGAAACUCUAAUUUUGUUGUCAGUUGAUUUCUCAAUAACUUAUAUGGCGAUCUUAUUGAAAUUUUGCUCACUUCUUUUAGAUACAAUUGACUGAUUAAAUGAGGAACUUUUUCCCCCUUUGUAUUUAAAUUAUUUUACCAGUCAAUGUAUAGUCCUGAUCAUAUUAUUAGAUGCACUCUAAGAUUCUAUGUAAAAUCUAAAUUACUCAGGUGAUAUUCUAUACAGCUUUAUUGUUUUUACGCGACUGUUUGCACUAUUUUACGUUUGUGAAUUUAUUGCUUAAAUUAGACGAUACAUUAUAAAAAUUUGGAAUAUUUAUGAUAUCAAAUAUUAUCCUAGUAUAUUAUAACAAACUAAACUAAGUGGCGCGACAGCCCAUAGAGGCCCAAGGCCCACUGUGCUCAUCUCAGUUUUCUUGACCUUAGGCUCUGGGGUGCAGGAGCAGAUGUUCCGGUCAGGUG